AAAUUUGCGAUUAUUAAUAAAAAGACAUAUGUUAGGAUGAUACGAAUUUGAGUAGUCAUAAUAUAGAAUUUGAAUAAUAUUGUGUAUUCAAUUUUGUUUUGAGGGGAGUAUUAAUUAUUUCGAUAUGGUACAAAAACCGGAAAGAUUAAUAUUGGAAAUAAAUACUACCAAACAAGGCCUUACAUGUUCUUGGUAAUCACGAUCGCUCACUUGACAGACAAAAAGAGCACAGAGAUCUCAAAUUUUCCUUAGUGUUAUUGCCGGCUUGCAGUAGCAGUUUUGCGAUAUCAUGGGCAUGGAAAUUGUAGAUUCUAGCUUAGCCUUGGAUGCUGGAGAUGAAGCCGACAUACCGCUUGAAAUUGAAAAACUUGACAUAAAAUUUGGUUCUCAUGGUGCUGAGGAUUGGGCUAAAGGGGAAUUGAACAAAUUUUCAGAGUCCAAUUUCCCUAAGGAUGUGGUUGAUGAGUGGCCUGAGCCCGCACAGAUACACUCUUUGUACAUUGUCAAAUACCGAGCAUUUGAAGACCCCAAUCUGAAGGCCAAAUUUGAUGUGGCUGAUAAAGAGCUACAAAAGAAGAACCAGGCACGGUCGCAGAUUUUUGAAAAACUGAAGACAAAAAGGGCUGAACGAGCUGAGAUAAGAACUCAAAUACAUUCGUUAAGUGUUGAGAACAAACAAUUUAGGUCGGUAUUAGACGAAAAGAGAAAAGAAAUGGAACCUCUCCAGCAGGCUCUUGGCAAGUUGAGAGGUUCUUCCAGUGCUAGAGAUAAUAGGGGUGCUGGUGUAUGUUCAUCUGAGGUGGAACUCAACGAUGUUAUCAAAAGCUUGCAAUACCGUAUUCAGCACGAAAGCAUUCCUCUCAAAGAAGAGAAGCAGAUUCUCAGGGAAAUUAAACUUCUCGAGGGAACAAGGGAGAAGGUUAUUGCGAAUGCUGCUGAGAGGGCAAGGAUUCAGGAUUCGUUGGGUGAAAAGGAUGCCAUCCAGGACCAGGUUAAAUUGAUAGGAGUAGAUCUUGAUGGAGUUCGAAAGGAGAAACAAAUGGUCUUUGCCAAGAUUAAGCAGCUUGAUGAAGAAAAACUGAUUGUAGAGAAAGAGAUAAGCGCCUUGGAGGAGGAACUGACUGCAGUUACGGAAAAGAGGGACACGAUUUUAGAUAACAUUAAUGAAAUGAGGAGACGGCGGGAGGAUGGGAAUUCCCCCUUCUACAAUAACCGUACGAUCUUGGCAAAAGCUAGAGUACUUGCAUCUAACAAGGAUGUGGAUGCCGUGAAGGAGCUCUCACACUCGGAGGUUGAGAAGUUCAUGGCCCUAUGGAAUGGUAAUAAGGCAUUCAGGGAUGACUACGAAAGUAGAAUCGCACAAUCACUCGAUAUGAGGCAGUUGAGUAAGGAUGGUCGCCUGAGGAACUUCAACGAGAAGCCACUGGUGCCAGUUGAGAGGCUGGUUUCAUCCGAAACUGACGUUGUCAAAACAAGCGCGAAACAAAACCCCAAGGAAGAAGUUUCCCCUCCUGAGCCAAAAGUUGCUAAAGCAAAGAGUGCCAAAAAUCAUCAAGAUGCAAACAAGAAAACGGAAUCCACUGCAGAGAAAAUUGACCGGGAAUACGAACAUGAUGUCUCUCGUCCAGCGGAAAAAUUGCAAAAGGAUUCUCGUCCUGAAAUUGAUGAGAAGAAGUUGAAGGAGCUUAAGAGAGAGGAAGAGAUAUCCAAGCGUAACCAGGCGGAGGAGAGGAAGAGAAAGUUGGCAGAGAAAGCAGCUGCUAAAGCAGCAAUAAAAGCUCAGAAAGAAGCUGAGAAGAAGCUCAAGGAGCGUGAGAAGAGGGCAAGAAAGAAGAGUGGAGCUGCAGUUGGCGAUGUGGACUCAGAAGAGCCGACAGAAAAUGUUCCUGAAGCAGCUGAACCUGAAACGGCGGAGGAUAUAGUUGAAACAGCCGUGCCACAAAAAACCAAGCAUAGGAAAGAACACACGGUGAGGCAGAGAGUGCGGCCCAGAGGUCCGGAUUCACUACCAAAGGCUAUGCUGAAACGCAAGAAGGCAACGAACUAUUGGGUUUGGGGUGGCUCUGCUGCUGCUGCAUUGAUAGUUAUUUUGCUUGUGGUGGUAGGGUAUAGUUAUCUCAGUUGAGGCUAAUGUCCUAGAACAUGAUCAAUGCAUAACUCUUCCUUUUUGAUUUGUGGUAGGCUCUUCUCAUCAAGAGUGGGAUGCAUGGAUAUUUGACUUUUACUAGGCAGAAACUACAGAUGUUAUUUAACUUUUUUUUUAGCAUAUUUUCAAUUUUGACUAUGGAAAAUUAUUGAAUCAUUUGUUCUUGUGUA